GCCACCGAACAUGGAACGUGGGCAAAUUAUUCAGACGUCUCUGUCUGUCUUAGUUUGUAGGAGUGAAAUGGGCACCUGGUGAUGGCGACGCGUCGUGUCAUUUCGUGCGCAGUGAGCCCACAAUAUACAUACGGGUAUCGCAAACGCAGUGUGGACGUCACUGGGAAAAUCACGACGAACCAUCCACUAUACGCGAACCGAGGCGACACAUGUGUUCCGAAGUAAUUGUUGUAACUUCAUUUCACAUUUUUGAUGAUAUAGAAAUUCUUUUAUAUGUAUACAAAACAAGUCGAAGCUAAUGUUAGUAAAAUAGUACCUAGAAAUAACCCGAGACAAUAAUAUAAACAGUAAUGUGUGACGUGAAUGUGUUGUGAUCUUGUGUGUGUGUGUGUGAGCAAUAUGGGGAACGCGCGUCGCAGGCGAAUGAGUUGGACCAUGUUCUCAUUAAACUCGAAGAUUGUCCAAUGUUAUUCCUGUUUAUUAUUGUUUUCUGUGGUGCUCAUGGCCUUUCUACCCACUUCGUUGGAACAAGAUGAAGACAUCCCACACAACGAGGUGAAGAAUUGGGCCCUAAAAUUCGGAGUGGACCUAUGGGAAUUUGGGCGCCAAUUUACAAAAAUGAGCGAGAUUCAAAAGAAAUACCACGAUCUUGACGUGGAAGUGAUAAGGAAAGAUGGCCUCAUCCUAAUUAGAGAAAUGGCGGCUGAAGUGAAGAAUAUGAUGGACAUAAAGAUGAACGCCGUCAUGAGGAUCAUGGACUCGGCGGAACAAGCGGCGUUGUCUCAUAAGCUGGACGCCGGAACGGCGGUACGUUACUACAAUGCGCGCCGCCUCAACGAGUUUGGUCCGGACGGUCGCCUGCAAGAUGGAUCGAAGGAGAUGAGCCUCACGCAGAACAGACAUUUCGAUCAGCUGGCCGUGAACACCAGCCUCAGCUCUGUGCUGCUACCGCCUGAAGUUCGCGACUCAGACCCGGAAGUUCUGAACGCCAUCAAAUGGUCAGAGCACCUGGAUCCGCUUUUCGUCAACAACUACGAGAUGGACCCAUCACUCUCCUGGCAGUACUUCGGCAGCACCACGGGUUUCCUCAGGAGAUAUCCCGCGAUAAAAUGGCCGCCUGACUAUUCGUCUGCGAGGAGCGGGCAGGAGCUUCACGAUUUCCGAACCAGCUCCUGGUACAUAGACUCCGCGACGAGUCCCAAGGACGUGGUGGUCCUGCUAGACAGUUCGGGAUCGAUGAGUGGCGAGCGCAGGGAGAUAGCAACAAGCGUUGUGAACGCAAUCCUCGACACGCUCGGCGACAACGACUUCGUGAACGUGUACAGGUUCUCUGACGCAACAGAGGAGUUGGUGCCGUGCUUCAAGGACAUGCUCGUACAGGCUAAUAUGGGAAAUAUAAGAGAACUAAGGAGUUACCUGGACUCAGCAAGAGCUGAGAACAUAGCAAACUUCUCAUCAGCACUUAUCACGGCCUUCGAAAUAUUACACAAGUACAAUCGCACAGGCAAGGGUUGUCAGUGCAAUCAAGCCAUCAUGCUGAUUACUGAUGGUCCACCAUACGAUUACUAUGAGAUCUUCAAGCAGUACAAUUUACCACACACUCCUAUCCGAGUUUUUACAUACCUUAUCGGACGGGACUCGUCCAAUGCAGAAGAGAUGAACAAGAUAGCCUGUACCAAUAAAGGUUACUAUGUCCGUGUCAGUAGCACUUCGGAAGCAAGAGAAAAAGUGCUGAACUACAUAUCAGUGAUGGCUCGCCCCAUGGUCAUGUAUCAGAAUGAUCACCCCAUCCAGUGGACUCCUGUGUAUGCUGGAGGCAAGGGCAACUACCUUCAGAGUAACGGCGGUGGAAAUCUGGACGGUCAGUUAAUGACCUCGGUUUCAACACCCGUCUUUGACCGCAGAAAUUACUCUGUUAGGGUUGCCAACCUGCUUGGUGUGGUUGGUACCGAUGUUCCUAUACAGCAGAUCCAGAAAUUGGUCCAACCAUACAAGCUUGGGGUGAAUGGUUAUUCAUUUAUUAUAAAUAACAAUGGCCACAUUCUGUACCACCCGGACCUCCGUCCACUGAUAAGAAAUUGGAAUGGUCAGUUCCAGGAGACUCUGAAGCCUAACUAUAACAGUGUGGAUCUGACAGAGGUUGAACUGGUCGAUAUGGAAGGAGGUCCGAGGGAAAACAACACCUUUCUGCUGGAUCUACGCCACGACAUGAUAGAUCAAAAGGAGGGUGAAACAGAACUGAGUGUGAAAGUUCACUAUGAUGAUAUGAAAAGAGUGACAACUCGAAGACACAAGUACUUCUACAAUGCAAUAGAAGGAACUCCAUUCUCUCUAGGUCUAGCUAUACCUGAGGGCUAUGGCAUGUAUGAGGUUUUAGGCGAGCAGGAAAUUAAACACAGUCAUAUAAAUGCCAGCGACACUAUUUCUGUUACUGAAUAUUUCAAAGGAUCUAACUGGAAAAUUCAUCCAGAUUGGGUUUACUGUGAAUACAACUCAAUGUCUGAGCACCACUUUAAGACACCUGAAGAGCAGGUGCUCUGGUUCUUGUCAAAGGCUGGCAAACCAGGCUGGAAGUGGAUGUCACUCAGGCCACGCUCCCCCCUGAAAGAUGGGCCUCACAACAUGAAGAAAACGGAAAAGGACUCUUACUUCUGUGACAAAUCGCUGGUGCAGUCAUUGGUGUUUGAUGCUUUGGUGACGGAAGGUCUGGACAGACAUGUGCCAUCUACGCUGAAGGAGGACGAGAACCCAUUAGCCAUGCUGAUGGCACUAUUGCACAGACAAGGCUACCAAAUGUUCGGAGUGACUCUGUCAUUCAUAGCGACGCGCAGUGGGCUUCUGAGGUGGCAGGAUCAUGCCCAUCGUACCAUGGGGGAAAGCGGACAGCCGACGUCGCACUUCAGCGAGCUGAACCGGCGUGCAAUAGACGAAGUCUGGUACAAGAGGGCAGUGGACCAGCACAGCCUUGAACCAGAGAGCUUUGUCUUCUCGGUGCCAUUUGAUGCUGCCUCAAGCAGCAAGCCCUUAGUGACAGCCACGCACGCUGUGUUCAUAGAACACAAAGGUCACCGCGCACCAGCAGCAGUGGUUGGUCUCCAGAUUCAACAUUCCAGUCUGGCUUCCCACUUCCUCAACAUUACUUCCACAUGCAUGGGGUGCAAGAAGACCUGUGCAUCCGAAGAACUGGACUGUUACGUACUGGACAACAAUGGAUUCAUCAUCCUGUCCGAAAGUGCAGAUCAUACAGGAAAAUUCUUUGGUCAAAUUGAUGGAACCAUCAUGGACUCACUUGUGCAGGAUCGCAUCUACAAGAAAGUGGCUGUGUAUGACUACCAGGGAGCCUGCCUUGAUCAGAAAUCUCCAUACAGUGAUGACGCCACCCGACCCUCUGCAUUGCAGCCAUUUAGAUGGCUCUUGCAGUGGGCAUUCAGCCGUGUGGUGUGGCUUGCCAUGCAGAUAAACCUGUUCCCCAACUGGGUCCUCUCCGAUGAUGAUGGUACUGUCUACUCAGAAGACUAUGAAACCAACAAUUUUGACCAGUACUCAACACGAGAUGAGACACGUGUACUGAACGGAGGCAGCCCUUCAGAGACGCAGAUAAAACAGCAGCUUCCCCCCAGCACACCAACAUCACCGCUUGCAAACAACAGGACAAUGCCUCGACCGUGUGACAAGCGUGUGGACCUGUAUGUCUUGCAACCUGACCGUCUCAACACCAGUGGACAAUUCAACCCGCUGAAGGGCAAGCUGACGAACUGCCAUAUCACUGGGUGCGAGAGACCAUUCAGCGUUCAGAAGAUCCCACGAAGUAACCUCAUCCUUCUGGUUGUGGACACGCUGUGUCCGUGCGGCAGUAAACAGCUGAGUAUCACACCACAGGAGGUGAUCUAUGAGUCAAUGCAGGGUGUGGCAGUUACCACACAGUGUCGUAUCAAACCACAGGAGGUGAUGUACAGGCGACGGCCACCCAAGUGCAUGAAUUACCACCCGGAGGAGAGUGAGAUUAAGUUGUGUGGCAACUGCGGAAGAGCCUACCUCUCUGCGUCGGUGCUUGUGUUCUGUUUAUUAGUGUGGAUCAUUAGUGGCACAUUAGUGCGACAUUGGUCAUGAUUAUUCAGCCCCAUAAACGCACUUCAGAAUCCUAACAUAGCGAUCACAGAAAUCUGAGUAAUGAGAUCAACAAUCGCACACACAUACACGCACACAUACACACAUACAUGCAUACUAACAUGCAAUAGAGCCAGAACCUGUACUGGAGGAUUGCACUGUACUGUGAUAACAAUCUUCCAUUGCAGGUUUCAGCUGUUCUCAGUGUUUGUGCCAGUCGCAGGGUCAUUUAGAACUGUUAGUUGGUUGAGGCAUAAAGUUAUGGCAGUUGUAAUGAAUAGUUUGUUAAUCUCUUUGUGUGUUCCUUCAUUUAUUCCUUAUGCUUUCUUCAUAUCUUUUCCCCUGCAAAGGUAAAAUUGUCCCUGUGCUUAAUUAAGCUCUGUGCCAUGAAGACUUAUGGGGAAGAGGGGGUACAAUGUGGCUAGUGUAUCAAAGCCCCAAGAAAAUAUGUGAUCUAUGAGUGAGAAUUAAACUACCACCUCUGAUUUUUGGAAGAAUCUUUCCCUUCUCUGCUAAGCUACCUCUAGUCUGUCCCCCUUACACUGGCCCUAAUCUUCCAGUGUACAGUGUUGUCAAACUAAACUUCACUAAGUGACUGAUAUUAAAGACAGUAGUUAACGUGUUAAAUAGAAUUAUUCACACUGGAAAGAGAAAUUUAUCUUGAAGUAAUAUCACUUUGUGUUGAGAACAGAAAUGGGGCAUAAUAAUUUUGCAGUGCAUAAUAUAACCAUCCAAUGUGAGGACGGUCUGGCAACUCAGAGUAUUCUAGCAAUACUCACACUUCCUGACUGGGGGUAACUGGUGGAGAGAGUCCCCAAUCUGGAAAAACGAGACCAGUGCUUCAAGCCCCACAAAAGGCUUUAGAUUUGCUGGUCCUCUAAUAGGGCUCCAUGUUUUCUUUACCUCAGCUGUGUAAUUCUUUGUUGUUAUAAUUCAGCAUUUAAUAUGUUGGUGAUAUAUUAUAAUAGGUUUAGUUAUGUAGUCACAUAAUUAUGUCAGAGAUUACAUUAAUAUUUAAUGCAUGAUUAAAACCAGUUGCUGGCACAAACAUUAUCCCAUGCACAUUUCAGUGGUAUGCAGGAUGUUGCAGUUCAUGGCGCACUCAUUUUAAUAAAUUCAGAAAUAUUGUUAGCAAGAAUUAUGUUCCUUUAAUGACUGUUCUUAGCCCUUAGAUUUCCGAGCCCUGUGAUACAACUAUCUUCUAGAAAUUUCAAAGCUGAUGAGAGGUCAAUACAGUUGCACAGAAAAAUCCCCAAUAUUUUUCACAGUUUACCUUCAAAUGGCCACAGGAAUAGAUAGAGUGAAAGCCUGUUCCUUCCUCAAAUCAUGUAUCACACUUUGUGCCAUCUGUUGACAGAAAACACUGAAGUGAUUAAUAUCUAACCGAAUGCUUUCCAUAGUACAGGGAUGGUUCCUUUAUUUCACAGAUAUCUAAAACACCCUCAUCCCUUACACUUUGUGGUUGUCUAUUUUCUUUUAAUUGUGCUAGUUGCUUUGUAUUAUUGCAAAUUGUAAUUCAAUAACAGUUUUAACUGAAAGAUAACAAAUAUUUUCUACAUGUUACUUUUCACUGAGUGUCAUCAUUUAAAUUUGAACACAUGCAUAGUAGAUGUAAAGAUGAAUAUUCUUUAAGAACUUGCCACAUUAGUUAAUUAUCAUUAUUUUUCAGGAUAUAAUUGCACUGAGUUCCUUCAAGCAUAAGGGCUAUAUAUCCAUGAUUGAACUGAGCAAAAUCAGAACAUAAAUUAUAAAAGGCAAUUUUUUUUUCUGUCUCCCAUGUUCAACUAUUCAUGUUUCAAACAUUUUACCCUUAUUUUCACUGUUCCACAAAAUAUGGGAGUAGAACUAAGGCAAUGAAUUGCAAAAACUAAAAUAUGAAAAUUAUUCAUAAAUAAUUUAUUAUAAAUAGAACUCAUAUUGUUAGGGACAUAACAGUCCUGCAAAUCACUGUAACCUCAUAAUAAGUGCAUUCAUAAACGCAACACUCUGGGUACCACUGGAGAUUAUUUUCCAUAUUGCACUCGUAUCACAUCACUUACUGGUCAUACAUCACCAGAAAAUUAGAAUUCACUGUCACUGAAGAGUUCCAUUCAAAUUUCUUAGUGUACCAACAUUGCAAAUGGAAAUUUAUAUGAAGGUUAUGUAAACAUUUCUUAUUAUUUCAACAUUACAUAUUUUAGAAAACAAGAGAUGUUUAAGAAGACAGCAGUCUUCUGGAAUGUGGCACCGUGUAGGUGUGGUGUUAACUGAU